UUCAAUGUCAUUGUCAUUUUGAUAUUUCAGGUCAGUCAGUAUUUUGUGAAAUAUUGCAUAGGGAAGGAAAUCAAUUUUCAAUUUAUCAUCUUUGGAUCUUUGGUCUUUGGAGCUUUGGAGUUUCUAUUCACAUUAUUUAUUGUACUGUAUAAAUUUCGUUUUCCAUUUUAUUUGCAGUUUUGUAUUAAGGACAAACAUUUCAUUAUGACCACAGAAGCAGUUACUGAGCCACCUAAAAUCUAUUAUGAAGAAGAAACACAAGGAGAAAGAUUAGCAAGAAAAUCCAAAGAAAUGCCAAUCUUUCCUAUUGCAAUUGGUUUAUGUCUGGCUGCAGUUGGAUAUGGUGCCUACUCUUUCAAAAAUAAAGGAAAAAUGAGCACAAGUGUAUAUCUGAUGCAGCUUCGUGUAGGAGCUCAAGGAGCUGCAGUGGGUGCACUUACUCUAGGCCUUGUAUAUGCUAUGGUUAAUGAACGCUUUCUCAAAAAGAAAGAAUAACCAAGAAUAAUUCUCUCUGAUUAGGUAAAAUUCUGUAUAUAGUUUUUGUAGUUACUCAGAUAAUUUAUUAAUGGUGCUUUAUUACUUUUACUUGCAUUUUAGUUCAUACAGAUGAAGGUAUUAUAUUUUUUCUAUUCAAUUUGAUCAAUUUUAAUAUUCCAUACUAAUUUCCAUAGCAUUUAAUUGAAAAUAACAGUGUUGUUGAAUUAUGCUUUAUUUCCUUGUGAUAUUCAGAUAUAUAAGAAUAUGUAUUGUUAAUAUACAAACAGAUAAAUAAAAUGUUAGUAAUACUGAGG